AUGGAGGCUCGGGGACGGACCAUUGCCGAUGGGCCUCUUGCUGCCCUCUUUGUUCUCAACAACGCCAACUACAUCGCUUCUUCCAUCUCCUCGGGCCGAAUGCGGGACGCCAUCCGCCAUUCCGACCGCCUGGCAGACUACGAGUCGGCCUUUGAGAGGGCAGCGCUGUGCAAGCUGCUGGCGUGCUUGGAGCCAUUGGAAGUGAGCGCCAAGAUGAGUGCGGAUGGCGUGAAGCAGCGGUUGAAGCGGUUCAAUGCGGUGUUUGAGGAGGUGGCACUGGAGCAGCGGCGGUGGCUCGUGCUGAGCGACAGCUGUCGCAAGGCCAUGCGUGUGCGCUUCGCCAAGGUCAUCAAGGGCUCCUACAUGGACUUUCUCACUCCGCACAGGUGA